UUAUCUCAACCUUAUCAGGUCGAUUGGUGGAUUUCCUGCUGUGGACGGAGAUGCUUGGCAGGCCUCGAAUUUCAGUUGGUUUAACAUGAGCUCCCACUUGACUAACUACGGUGCAAAAGGAUUAAUCAAUGAAGAAAUUGUGCAAAUUCAUCCUUUCAUGCCAUAUUUUAAGUUGCCAGAGCUCGGCUUGGAUUAUAUCGUUGAUAGUGACACCAUUGCCACCAACGACACCAACGGAUAUAAAAUGAACGAGAGGCGUAUGCGAGUUUAUCUUCAGAAAUAUGGACUAUCCGACGAAAAGGUGGCCCAUGUAAUUGCCGGAGUGUUUGCCUUCUUCCGUGAAGCCCUGCAGAUCGCCGAUCGAUUUGAUGAGAAUAAUGAGAAAUGUGAUGCUUUGUCCUUGACUGAGGAGCCUUUCCCCUUAUGGAGCAACUACUAUGAUAUUGCGUGGGGCGGUCUCAAUUUCGGUGAAAACUCAGAUCGUUUCUGCGAUUACUACUACAAUGAGUUGGAUAAGGUGUGUGCCAAACACAAGCCGGCAGUUGCCAAUUAUCUGGCCAUGAAGCUUAUUUUUUCCAUGGACUUUAAGCUGGACUCCUCAAAGUUCCAGCGCGAUUAUUGUAUGAUUAAUUUUCAUGAAUCGGUGCCUUUUAUCUUAAGCAAGCUUUACUUACUGAAACACUUUACGGGUAAAAUCCAUACGGAAAUUGCGAAUAUUGUCGUGGAGUUGCGAAAGAGUUUGGUAUUUCUCUUGGAAAAUGCCAAUUGGAUAGACGAGGAUACACGUAAGGAGGCGUUACUCAAAGAAUCUACGAUCGUUGCGCAUAUAGGUUCAUUAAAAGAUGACAAUCUCACUGAUAUCCUAAUACGCGAGAUGAACAAUCUAACCUUCGUCCCAGGCAGUUACGCCACGAACAACAUCAACUUAAGGAAAUUCGGUGUAUACAUGAAGCGUUACAAUGGAUUUCAUCACAAAGAGCUGUCCAGCGAUACAAAUUCAUUGGACUUAUUGUUGGGAAUAAUGGUGAACGCAUUCUAUUAUCUGUUGGACGAUUCAAUAAAUGUCAUGGCUGGAAUACUGCAUCCACCACUAUACCAUGAGUCAUGGCCGAAUUCGCUUAAGUUUGGUACCAUCGGCUACAUAGUGGGUCAUGAAUUGUCACACGGAUUUGAUAGCAGGAGUUCCAUUUUUGAGACCAUCGACACUGAUCGCAUCGAUUGCUACGUAAAUUUUUUCAGUAACUAUCGAAUACCAGAGAUCAAUCGCACGAUCAACGGCGAUCGGACCAAAAAUGAGAAUAUUGCGGAUAGUGUUGGAUUACGUAUGGCGAUGAGUGCCUAUCAAAACCAUAUGAAGCAGCUGAUAAGGGAUAGUAACUCCUCAAGUGUGCUGAAAAACGAACGGAUGCCCGGUCUGGACUUAUCACCAGAUCAGUUGUUCUACGUCGGCUUUGCACAGGUUUAUUGUGCCGAAUACAAGGAGGAACAUUACUGGGAAGAGUGGACUGAUGAGCAUACCACGGACAAGUACCGAGUCCUUGGCACUGUUACCAACGACGAGUAUUUUGCACAGUCCUUUAACUGCCCGUCUGGCAGUCCAAUAAAUCCGAAUUCGAUCAAAUGCCGCCUCUGGUAGAGUCAGCUGAUAAGCAUGUGCGGAUUUAUUGAAUUAAUUAUGUACAAUAAAUUUAUAUAAAUAUAUAUGUAUGUAUAAACUA